UGCGCCGACUCCCCGGCGGGGGCGCGGGCCUCCGCCCGGGACCGGGCCCCGCUGGGCGCCGCCGCCGCACGAGCGCCCCUGCCCCCCGAGGGCUCCGCCAUGGUGUCCGUCACGAUGGCCACGUCGGAAUGGAUCCAGUUCUUCAAAGAAGCCGGGAUCCCCCCCGGGCCAGCCGUCAAUUACGCCGUCAUGUUCGUGGAUAACCGGAUCCAGAAGAGCAUGCUGAUGGACCUCACCAAGGAAGUCAUGAACGAGCUGGGCAUCACCAUCGUCGGGGACAUCAUUGCGAUCCUCAAACACGCCAAAGUGGUGUACCGGCAGGACGUGUGCAAGGCUGCAACGGAGUCGGUGGCAUCCAGCCAAACCACGCUGCAGUCUGAGCUCCGCCGGAACGCCAGCAGUGCUGCUACGCGAAUGAUCGCAAACAGCCUGAGCCGAGACUCUCCGCCUUCCACCCCCGUCCGGAGACCUGACGCGGGCACCGCCAAAAUCUCCAUCACGGUGUCCAACAAAAUGGCAGCCAAGAAUGCCAAAGCAGCUGCAGCUCUCUGUAGUUCCAGGGCUGAAAAUUCCACAGUUCCGGUGAAGAGGCGCCGUGUCACAGCCGAGAUGGAAGGGAAGUACAUAGUCCACAUGCCGAAAGGAACCACGCCCAAGACCAAGAAGAUCCUGGAGCAGCAGGCGGCAAAAGGUUUGCAGAGAACCUCUGUAUUUGACCGGCUUGGAGCAGAGACAAGUGUUGACGCCACAGCUGGAAGCAAGCCCACAGGAGUGUUCAGCCGCUUGGGGGACACGCAGGAGGCCGCGGAGGACAAGGCAGCCGAGAGCGACGACGACGACCGCUCUGUCCUGCAGUAUGCCGGGGUGCUGAAGAAGUUCUUCAGGCCCCCCAAGGCCAAGGAGAGCAGCAAAGCUGGGGCAACGAUCCGGGCAAAAGCAACCAGCUCGGGGCCACUGUUGGCGGCGGUGGCGGCGGCGGCCCCCUCGCCCGUCCAGCGGCUGGGGAGCAAGAGUGCGCCCGGCCCUGGGACCCCCGCCAAAGAAAAGAAGCCGCUGCCCCCACAGGGCAGUGCUGCCAAGGGACUGGGCAAGCGCCCCCUGCCCGCAGAGGCCCCGGACAGCAGCUCCAGCAGCUCCCGGGGCAAGCCGGACUCGGCGCUCCGGGUCACCAUCAAGAGGACUUUGGGGAGUGCCAAGGUGAGCAGCAGCACGGAGGCCCCCAGUGCGCAGAUGGACAUCACGGGGACGGUCAGCGUCUUCAAGAGGCUGGGCAGAAAGGCCGUGUGAGCCCGGCCCGGAGUGUCCUUCGCGAGCAUUCGGAGGCCCCCUCUGGCAGGGCUCUCGACACAACGCGAACUCGGUGUGUGUUUUGACUCUCCCCUCCCGUCCUGCGAGACGCACGGCUGCUCGGUCUUGGCGAGGACGGCUUCCGUGAAGCGCCUGGAGGCUCUCCCAGCGGCCUGCAGGCCUCCUCUGCAUGCCGAGCUGGGGUUCUUGAAUGACUUGUAGUCACAUCGAGGCGGUAACCUCUGGGUCCGGUGGGGCGGCCCGAGACUGAGCAAGGCCCGGAAAGGGGGUGCGAGGGAGGGACCGCGGGGGCAAAGCAAGGGGCCCGGGGAUCCCUGCAGGCCUUCCGAGCAGCUGGGCAGAGCACUGGACGUGCCGUCUGCCAUUUCCUCUGCAGGCCCUUGCUCUUCCCUAGACACUCGUGUCUUGGAGUGGCAGACGGGCGCUGGGCUUGGGGGAUGGAGGAGGUCCCCCCCCCCCCCCCCCCCCUUUUAUCCCGUGUGUCCUGGAGUAACGAUGGCAAUGGGGCAGUUCCCAGAAAGUCCUCUUGCUGGAUACGAGGAAUUCUGGUGCUUCGCUGCUGGUGCCAGUUCUGUUUGGCUAGCUGGGAAGUUGCUUCUUGUCCCGGCCUGGCUGUUACGUGCCCCAGAGGGCACGCUGGCCGGGGGGCCUGGCUUCACGUGCCGGAACCCCUCUGGAUCGGCUCCAUUUCUCCUGUCCAGGCUUAUCAAGUCUGGUGCUCAGUCAGGGUCAAAAACGGCUGCUCCCCUCCUUUCCCACCCAUAUUCUUUCUCCAAUCUGGUUCAGUUUUCCUUCGAUCAAAGCAGAAACGAUUAGAUUAGAAAGUGAUCAGCUUGUCUUGAAGCCCCUUGAGAAGGAAGAGCCCCCAGCCCACAAAUGGGGGCAGCUUUUAUGCCUCUGGGUUUCCAGUAGCACAUGCAGAACACGGUGGCUGGGAUUUCAGGAACUGGGUCGGUGGGUUCUGCUAAGCCACUCGGCAGCCAGGUAUCAAAGAGGGCCCCGCACCCCGGCUGCCCUGAUGCGUCAAGCCAUACGCUGCUGGGGCUUGCAGUGGAGCUGUGCGCUCGGGUGCUUCGUUCUUCCCGUACCUCAGGCCUGGUGGGCACUGGCCAACUCCUGCCAUUGGAGCAGAGCUGGGAAGGGUCGCGUGGGGCAGGCAGCCUGGAGGGGCCGCUCUCCCCACACUCCUCCCCGGUUGAGCCGCUUCCAUGAGCCUGGUGCCCGUUUCCAUGGAGCCUCCUGCUUGCAGGGGCCGGACACCCAUGGAGAACCGCUUUGCAUGGGGCCGUGAGACGGGGCCGAGCUCCCUGCCCGGUCUCCUGCCCCGCACUCCUGUGUGGGGGGUCUUUGGUGCUCCGGUCGCCAGGCUGCUGCCACGUCUCUUGGGCCACCGCCCACAUGACGUGCCCGCGUGCACACGUUGCGCGAAUGGAGCCUAGCGUGCUGAGGGAAGGGGUGGUGGGAGGGGGGGAGACGCGUCUUGGCUCAGAAGACCCUCCCGGCCGAUUUCUGCGCGUCCUGUAACCGCAGCCCUUUUCAGGCAAGCGUUCAGGCAGAGUCGGGGAUGUGGCAGGGGAAAGAGGCUUUGGACUGGGAAGGGCCACGUUGCUGAGGCGCCAGUGAGCUUGCCCAGCGAGCUGAGAGGGUCAGGUGUGUGAUGCAAGUGCGCUAGAAGCUCUUGCCACACCUGAAUGUGGCGCUUUUCCUGAAAGCUGCUGAAUCCAGCUUGCUUGUACGCUUUGUCUCGUUUCUGGAAGACCAACAAUGCCUCCUGCGUGUUCAGGCCCCCACGGGCCACCUGAGGUCUCACCUUGGAAGCCUCUCUAGCCUGGCUGUGGGAGCCAGGUGCGCAGCCACCCCCCUGUGGGCACUGGAAGUGGGGGCAGCCACCCCGCCCCCACCGGGGGAAAGGGAAACUGCCUUUUUUGUAGAGGUGGCCGAGAAGAUGGGCCAGGCGUGCAGCCGGUGUAACUCUCAGGGCAGUGUGGGCUGGCCACGCCUGUGAGGGCACCCGUUUCCUAGUACCCCCUGCUUCACUCGACUGAUGCACUGGAGCCUGCUGUGCCCUCCGGGGGGGUCCCUCCUGCGCUCUCAGCAGGCCUCUCCUUCCCACACCCUGCCGUGCCUUCCCGCCUGUUCUGUUCCAAAUUGGGCAUUUGCUGCCACAGGGAGAAUUCUGCCCUAAACGGAAUGUGUUUCUUUUGCCCUUCUUUGAAGUGUUUUAUUGAUUGAGUGCAGGGGAGCUGGAAGAAUGACGCAAUAAUUAAUGGUUUUUAUGUUUUUAAAAUCCCCUCCUAUAUCUAAGUUAAGAUAGUGUGAAUGUAGCCUCGCAUUUUGUAGCUGGCUGUGUGGAGCUGGGUGGGACGGUGCUCCUUACUGUUCUCUUGACUGCCGGGGCCCUCCUGCUUCUGGAAGGUGUGAGCACCCUUUUGCAAUAAAGUGUGUUUCCUCUUA